AUGACUGAGUUCAGUCCUGGUCGUCCUGUUGUGUUUUCUGAGGAACCAAAGGGAGAGUUGGAGCUGAACCUGCAGCUGCAGCAGGUGGGUCUGGGUCAGGUCCUGGAGCUGGUUGGUAAGCUGCUGCAGUACCUGCAGAGCCUCCUGAUGGUGCUGGUGUACCGGGCAGAGAGUCUCAGGGAGCUGACCCUGGACAGGGUCAGAGGUCAAGCCGCCAUGUUGGCUGAGCUGCAGCCCGUACGUCAGAUCAGAGAGCUGCCGGUUCAGAUCCAGAAGCUGCUCCGAGACCUGCAGGAACUGUCCAAGAUACUGCUGCAGCUGCUGAUCAACACCACACCGCUCUACAGCAUGCUGCAGCAGCCGUCUGAUCAGGAGGUGAAGGACUUCCUGAGCCAGGAUGGCUCCAUGGCCGACAGUUCGUCUCGUCGCAGCUCAGCUAACAGUCUGUUCCUGAAGGCGAUGGACGGCCGUCCUCGCCGGCGUCGGAGUCUCUACUCCCUCACCGCCCGAGGCUCGGGAAGCCCCCAGAGCCCCCUGCCCCCCAACGGAAGCCAGUCCAGCCUGAAGGACCCCCUGGCCUUGGAAUUGGAGGACCUGCCUGUCCCUUCCAACGGCGUCGUCCACCGCCGGCCGUCUGCCACAGAGCUGUUCCUCGCUCCGCUCAAACAAUUUAUCUCUCAGAGCCAGAAGGCCCUCGAGUACCUGAGCACUAGCUCCCCUGACAACGGCGACAACAUCGACAGUGCCAACAAUGGCGAGAAUGCUGACACCAUUGAUCACAUCAACAGUGCUGAAUGUGCCGACAGCACAAACCGCAGUGACAAUGCAGAUUGUGGCGAAUACGGUGACGCCACUGACUAUAGCGACAACACAGACAAGGCAGACCGUGGUGACAAUGCAGACUGUGGCGAAUACGGUGACGCCACUGACUAUAGCGACAACACCGACAAGGCAGACCGCGGUGACAAUGCAGACUGUGGCGAAUACGGUGACGCCACUGACUAUAGCGACAACACCGACAAGGCAGACCGUGGUGACAAUGCAGACUGUGGCGAAUACGGUGACGCCACUGACUAUAGCGACAACACCGACAAGGCAGACCGCGGUGACAAUGCAGACUGUGGCGAAUACGGUGACGCCACUGACUAUAGCGACAACACCGACAAGGCAGACCGCGGUGACAAUGCAGACUGUGGCGAAUACGGUGACGCCACUGACUAUAGCGACAACACAGACAAGGCAGACCGCGGUGACAAUGCAGACUGUGGCGAAUACGGUGACGCCACUGACUAUAGCGACAACACCGACAAGGCAGACCGCGGUGACAAUGCAGACUGUGGCGAAUACGGUGACGCCACUGACUAUAGCGACAACACCGACAAGGCAGACCGCGGUGACAAUGCAGACUGUGGCGAAUAUGGUGACGCCACUGACUAUAGCGACAACACCGACAAGGCAGACCGCGGUGACAAUGCAGACUGUGGCGAAUAUGGUGACGCCACUGACUAUAGCGACAACACCGACAAGACAGACCGCGGUGACAAUGCAGACUGUGGCGAAUAUGGUGACGCCACUGACUAUAGCGACAACACCGACUAUGGCAAAAACGCAGACUGCACUGAUAAACCUGACAACAGCGACAGAAUUGAUCGCGGCAACACUGAAAGUUCAGACUGCGGCAAUGAUGCAGAUAACGAUGAAUGCGCAGACAGCGCCAAUCGAGACACUGACGGCUCCCACUGUGACGGCAGCGACUACGGCAACAGUGCAGAGAGCUCCGAAAACACAGACUGUGAUUAAAUGAUUUGAUUGAAUAACAAACGACUCGACCUGUUCAUGUGCUGUUGGCUGAAAAUCUUUAUCUGAAACGAAACUUGAUCGUAACGGACUUUCAGUUCAAGGCGGACAUGAGUGUGAGAAAGUUUUAUCCUUAAACAAUAUAUUAUUAUUUGAAUUUAUCAACAGAAUCCAGCCCUGUCCACGGCUACACGUAUUUCUAAAAACAUAGCGUGUUUUAGGUCACUGAAGACCUUUUUGAAAACUCCUUCCAGGGUGAAGAUCUGCAGAAACCCUGUUUGAAGUGUGCAGACAGUGAAACUGAGUUUUGGGUUCGUGACGUCAGAGUUUGCGUCGUGAUCUUUUUAUUUAGACGAGGAGGAAAAACCCCGUUUAUAAAAAUCUCUGUACGCGUGGACCAGGCCUCUGUUUCUCUGCUGUUUGUGUAACUCUGUAUCUACGAAGCCUUCAUGUAAAAAGUAAAGC